UCCCCAGCUCAGCGGUGACCCCCCCAGAGUCACCCCACUCCGACUCGCUCGGCUCCACCUACUCCAUCAACGGCCUGCUGGGCAUCGCGCACAUGGGGGGAGAGGGCAAGAGGAAGCACGAAGACAGUGAUCAGGAGAGCUGUAGGUUGAGUGUGGACUCGCAGGGCAGUGUGGGGAGCGCCCCCAGGAAGCAGCUCCGAGGGGAGCCCCCCUUCUCCGGCACGCUGGACUGCGGCUUCGACAGGCAUCCCUACCCCCCUGAGGCCUUCGCGUCGGCCAAUCACAGCAAGGCUGAGCAGGCUCUGUACCCCCUCUCCUUGCUAAACAGCAGCAUCGAGGAUGGCAAGCCCUCCAGCGCUGCCAUUGGUCGAAAUCUCAGCGCCCAUCAGGGAUAUUCUGUGGUAUCAGACUACCACAGCGCCCCCUUGUGCAUGAAGCAGGAAUCCUCUUCCACCUCAGAAGCGACACACGCAGGCUCCUCCCCCAACGGGCUGCCAAACCCCGCCCUGCUGGAGCUGCAGCCAAUCCAGGCUGCCGUCUCUGUGAACGGCUCUGCCCACAUGAGCCCCUUCAACGCGUUCACACCACACCCUCCCCACACGCCUCUGUACGGGCAGUUCAUCACGCAGCCCCUCCGGACAGGUCGGGACAUGGUGGGCUCCACUCUUCCGGGGUACCCCCCCCACAUCCCCAGCAGCGGGCAGAGCGCAUACAGCAUGGUGGCAGGCAGCGAGUUCUCCAGCACUGCGUACUCUCACUCCCCCUACACCUCCUACAGCGACGCCUGGAGGUUCACCAACUCGGGGAUCCUCGGCUCACCCUAUUACUACAGUUCUGCCGCCCGGACCGCCCCUCCCUCCACCGCGACCGCCGCCUACGACCACCUCUAGUCGCCACGGAAACGGUCAUCCCACAAUCAGGAGGGACAGGAAACCAGGAGGAAAAAAAAACCAAAAAACUUUAUUUAUAAAAUAAUAAUAAUAAUAAUAAUAAUAAUUAAUAAAUACAUAAAUGAAAAAGGCAGAGGUGAAUGAACGACACCGCCAGGAUCGGCCCUCGUGUUAACAGCGUGGUUCUGAAGCAAUGAAACAAACUGUCUUGUUCUGUUAACUGUUAAAAGGCUCGCUUGAGUCUUAUUACUCUUUUUUUUUUGUUUAAAAGUGAUGCUCAGAUUUUUUUAAAAUGUAACCCUGAAAUACACUGCAGGUGACCUGAUUUGGACUAUUUAGUUCAGUCACCACAGUGAUGGGGAUAAGACUCCCGUUAGAGAGCAGUUUGAUCCCUUCCUGCUUUCACUGUGAGUUUAAUAAUCAGACGCACCUGAGUUUGCUCGCUUUUUUUAAUUUUAAGUCGUCACCAAUGUUUAUUUUACCCCAGGUUUUCUCCCCAAUUUGGAAUGCCCAAUUAUUAUUUUGAUCCCGGUUCACCGCUGCAACCCCCCAGCGACUCCGAAAACGGAGGCUGAGACACGCGUCCUCCGAAACACGAUCCUGCCAAAUACGUCAUUUUCCACAGCGAAGCCACCACACCUACAGUGCCGGAGGACAACGCAGAUCUGAAUGGCUCCACUGCAGACCCGCAGGCGCCCUAUCGGCCACAGGGGUUGCUGGUGCCCGUUGCCCUGCCGACCUAAGCCCUCCCUACCCGGUCGCUCGACCAAUUGUGCGCCGCCCCCUGGGAACCCCCGGUCACUGACAUAGCGAGGAUUUGAACCUGCGCUCUCCAGGCUACAGGGCGCAUCCUGCACUCCACGCGGAGCGCCUUUACUGGAUGCGCACACCGGAGCUUGUUAGCUAGACACUCUGGGGCUGAUCAAGCUGCUAGUAAAACCUGGACUGGGUGACGCUGCUGUGCAAUAGGAGUCUGAUUGCCCGCCCUGUGCUGAGCAUGUUUGUGACAGACAGUCUUGCUAGUUUGGUGUAAAUACUGGAAACGAGACAAAUCGAGAAACUCUCUCCUCGAACCGCACUGGUCAGGUGUAAGAAACACACAACGUUUUGAUUUUUUUUUUUCUUAUUAUUAUUAAGUUAAUAAAAGCUGUUGUUGAAAUGACCGGAGAGCGCGUCCGCUCCCAAACACCGCCUGUUGUUUUUUUUGUGUUUGUUUGUUUUUCCUUGUGGUUUUUAUUACCGAGGAUGUAAAUAAAUGAUUUCUAUAAGAAGUAUUUUAAUUAAAAUAAAGCAUGUUACGAAACA